CAACAUUGAUCUAAGAAAAUAUGUCGUCAAUUAUGAAAAUGGAAAUAAAUGAAUGCGUUUUCUCCAUGACCAGAGUUGAAAUGAUCAUCUCUGGCAAUUGCGAUUGACAAAUUCAACAUGGCAUUUGUGCGAUCUUUUCAGCCCUUACUCACCACUGCGCGACGAGCGCCUCAAAGGUGGUCGGCACAGCGCGGUAUCGGGAGACGACUCUUGAAUACGGACACCGCGCCCGUUCUCUAUUCUGCUCACGCUAGAGUCAAAGGAGCUCGCACCGGUCACGUCGAAGGAGAUGAUCUGCGGAUAGGCCUUACCAUGGCAAAGGCGCUCGGCGGCAAAGGCGACAAGGGCAAGACGAACCCGGAGGAGCUUUUCGCGGCCGGGUACGGCGCCUGUUUCCAGUCAGCCAUGAACGCUGCCGCAGCGUCGAUGAAGGCUAAGAUGCCGACUGACCCCGAGGACAGCAUUGUAGACACCACGGUGCAUCUCGUCGGCGACAUGAAGGAGCUUGAUAUGGGAAUUCGUGUCGAUAUGAAGGUCGGUAUCCGAGGCCUGGAGAAGGACCAGAUUGAGAAGAUUGUCGAGAAAGCGAAGGAGAUUUGCCCCUAUAGUCGGGCUACACGGGGUAAUGUCACUACCAAUGUGGAAGUUGUACAGAUGUAAUUUGAAUGAUG